AACUAAACAGAGCAAGGCGUGACGUAAACAAACUUUAGCACCAACCGACACCGACACCACCACCAAGGGAGGAAAGGAAGACAACUAUUGAACUGAAAAGGCAGAAAAUAGCUCAACAAAUUUCAUCACCAGUCUAACAAAGAAGAUCCAAGAAAAUAUUUCACUCAGGACUAUAGUUAACAAGCAGCAGGAUGACUUACCAGCUGUAUCGGAACACCACCCUCGGGAAUACGCUACAAGAAACCCUCGAUGAACUCAUCCAGUUUCAGCAAAUCUCACCAAAUGCUGCAUUAAAAGUGCUCCUUCAGUUUGACCGAGCUAUCAACUCUGCUCUGGCUGGUAAAGUGCGAUCACGAAUUAGUUUUAAGGCCUCCAAGCUUAACACCUACAGAUUCUGUGACAAUGUGUGGACCUUUCUUAUGAGUGAUGUGGAAUUUAAAGAAGUGCAAGACUUUGUGCAAGUGGAAAAACUCAAAAUUGUGGCUUGUGAUGGAAGAGGUCCAGGUCCUGGAGGUGCAUCUGGUGGUGGAGACUAAACAUCAACAAAAAUAGCAACAAGAUGACUCAACUAAUGCACUGAAUUACAGUGUGUUAUUAUUAUUAUUAUUUUAUUUAUUUUAUUUUUUCAAUAUCAUUAUGAUACUAUAUUGUUCUUCUAUGCAUUUGCUUUACACAGAAUUUAUUGCCUUGGCAGUGCCAUCACCUUAAAGUUGCAAAUUUUGUGCUUUGUAUCUCAUAAUUAGAGAGAGAGAGAGAGAGAGAGAGAGAGAGAGAGAGAGAGAGAGAGAGAGAGAGAGAAUUAUAUAAUUUUCUUUUGAAUUGAAUUACAUUUUUUUAAGAUGUUAAUUACAGUAUGCUAGCACUGUGAAUAUUGUUUGAUAAAAUACAAGUAAUUGGUUGUUUCCAUACAUUGCACAACUGUGUCACAAGACAAAAUAGGAGAGAGUUGAAUUCUAGAUAUCCUUUAUAUUUAUGAGCUUUCUUUAUAUAAGUAAAUUUCAUCAUAAAAUGGGAUGCUUCUCUUGGGUCUUUCAUCAUAAUUAUUUUUAAAAUCUUAUAAAUUAAUAGAUAAAAAUAACAGCAUGAUAAAAUGAGCAUUGCACAGGUACUAUUAUACAGUUCAAAAGAUUUUUUGAAAACUAGUCUCACAACAAACAUGAUGAUCAUAAAUAUUAAGGUUGUCCUAUAUACUCAAAUAAUUGCACAUAUAUAUUGUAAUUUACACUAAGUUAAAAUUAAAAUGACAGUGAAAAAUUCUUUCACUGAUUACACUAAAUUAAUGGACCUUAACUAUACAUGUUACCUACCUACUUACAUCACUCAAUGGAUUGUGUGAUGUUAAGAAAAUGAGGAUAGUCUCAUAAUUUUCAUCAUGAUUUACAGCCUCUGUUAUCAUUACAUGAUCCCAUUCAUAAAAUUUGACAUUGUAUGUAUGUAUUUUUGACUAGCCUUUUUUGCACAUGGUGACAUUUGGAAAGUGAAAAGCAUGGAUGAUCAAUAAAAGGAGAAGACCACACA